AUGAAAGCGCCAUCGAAAUCGGAUUGCUGUUUAUUAUCCAUCCAUAUUUGUCCUAACGUAUCAUCAGCUGCUGUUAAAGUAAAAAUAGUCAUCAUACCCUGUUCUUUUAAUAUUAACGCGUGCGUGCAUAAUAUGCAGCCAAUUUUAAAGUUCAUCCGACGAUGUCCAUGUAGUAUUCCUGUGAUACCAAAACGAACAUUUGGGUCGGAUAUUACUACUCGUUGGCGUACAGCUUACGGUGGACGUUAUACAAUAACAUUGAUUCAUGGCGACGGAGUGGGACCAGAAUUAAUGGAACACGUCAAAGCAGUUAUUAGAUGUGUUCGUGCUCCCGUUGAUUUUGAAGAUAUCCCAUUGUCAAGUAACACGGCUAAUGACGAAAUGUUUGAACGAGCAGUAAUGGCUGUUAGAAGAAAUGGAGUAGCUCUAAAAGGAAAUAUAUCUUCACAAAAUACACUACGUUCACUCAAUGUUUUAUUGAGAACUCGUCUGGAUUUAUUUGCGAAUGUUAUUCGUUGUAAAACAAGUCCCGUGGUACCAACUCGUCAUCGAGAUAUCGACAUACUUGUAAUUCGAGAAAAUACAGAAGGAGAAUAUAGUAGUUUAGAACAUGAAAGUGUACCAGGGGUUGUUGAAUCAUUAAAAAUUAUUACACGUAUCAAAUCAAUGAAAAUAGCACGAUUUGCAUUCAAACUAGCUGAAGAAGAUGGAAGAAAAAAAGUGACAGCUGUACAUAAAGCAAACAUUAUGAAGUUGAGUGAUGGUUUAUUUAUUGAUUGUUGCAAAGAAGUCUCACAAGAAUAUCCCAAAAUUGCAUUUGAUACAAUGAUUGUCGAUAAUACAUGCAUGCAGCUGGUCAAAACGCCUUCUCAGUUUGAUGUCAUGGUUAUGCCGAAUUUAUAUGGUAAUAUUAUCUCAAAUGUAUGCGCUGGUCUUGUUGGUGGUUCGGGCUUCGUUGCUGGAAGUAAUUAUGGAGAUCAUUAUGCCAUUUUUGAACAAGGCACACGUAAUACAGGUACGGCUAUAGCUGGCAAGAAUAUCGCAAAUCCAUGUGGAAUAUUAUUUGCAGCCGCUAAUAUGUUACAAUACCUUGGGCUAGUAGAACAUUGUUCAGCUAUAAAAAAUGCAGUAUUGAACACAAUUCAAGAACAUAAAUUAAAAACGCCCGAUAUUGGUGGAACUGCAUCAACAACACAAUUUGUUGAAUGUACACUUAAAGAAAUACUCAAAUUAACACCAACCAUAGGUUUUAAUUACGAAAUGCAAGGAAAUGAUUCUGGCUUUCGUUUUCGAGAUAUUGAUUAA